CUCGUUACAUAACGCGUCACUGAGUGCGUCGUCCGUUCAUUCACGUUUACCCGUUAUCCUGCCACCUGACACACCGUGACGUGGUUUCCAUCGCAACGCCAGGGGAAAGAAUAGAGAGACAGCUGGGUCAACACAGAGCACCAUACUCUCCCUCUUUUCUGAAGAAUAUUUCCAAAGAGAUAUCCACGCGCCUCUGAAGACAUGGAGGCGCCGGGUUUGGCACACGGGAUCGCGAGCCCUCUGAGCUCGCGCGAGGGCAUGAUUAAGAACGUGAGCCUGGAGUCGCUCCAGCUGUGCGAGAGAGACGGUAAACCAGAGGACAGUGGUGUUGUAAGAAUGGAGGAGUUACCUGUUCCUCGCAAUAUCAAGAUCAGUAACAUCACCUGUGACUCCUUUAAGAUUUGUUGGGACCUGGACCCUCACACCACAGAGAAGAUCACACAUUACUUCAUUGACCUUAACAAAAAGGAGAACAAGAACUCAAACAAAUUCAAACACAAGGACGUGCCUACAAAGCUUGUUGCUAAGGCGGUCCCGUUGCCCAUGACAGUGCGAGGACAUUGGUUCCUGAGUCCACGGACAGAGUACACAGUUGCCGUGCAAACAGCAUCCAAGCAGAGUGAUGGAGACUAUGCCAUAUCAGAAUGGAGUGAUAUUGUCGAAUUCUGUACAGCAGAUUAUUCAUCAGUGCAUUUGACGCAGCUUUUGCAGAAGGCUGAAGUGAUUGCUGGCAGGAUGCUCAAGUUCUCUGUCUUUUACCGAAAUCAGCAUGAGGAGUACUUUCAUCACUGCAGAGAUGUGCUUAGAGGUCAAAUGAUGCCUUCGGUAAAGGACAACAGUGGUAGUCAUGGCUCCCCUCUGAGUGGUAAACUGGAGGGGAUUGUCUUCAGUUGCAACACUGAGUUUAACACAGGUGAGCCCCCGCAGGAUUCACCAUAUGGCCGCUUCCGUUUCCAGGUGCCCGCCGAGGCCCUGUUCACCCCUGAAACCCGUCUCUACUUUGGGGACUUCUACUGCAUGUAUACUGCCUAUCAUUAUGUAAUCCUGGUACUGGCUCCUCGUGGCUCGCCUGGAGACCUGUACUGCACUGAACGCCUUCCUGAGCUAGAUAUGACGAACAACCACUUUCUGACACGUGUGUGUGGAGACGAUGGGCGUGUGGAGUUUCGGCACGCACAGGACGUGAUUCUGGAGCUGAUUUAUACUGAUCCGGUUCCACUAACACUGGGGACUGUCUCUCAGAUAAGUGGCCACCAGCAGAUGAGCUUGUCCACUGUCAAUGCCAAGAAAGACCCCAGCUGCAAAACAUGCAACAUCAGUGUUGGCCGCUAACCUGCAUACACUUUCUCACACACACAUAUACAUACAGAAACCCACACUAACCCCACCCCAAUUGUACACAUGAGCCCUCCAACUGGACAAAUGAGAUCUGAAAUCUUAGAAUGAUACAUUACAGAACCAGACACAGAACUCUAAGUCAAGUGACACAAGAAUCCUCCAAACAUGGUCAUGUGGGGCUUAAAAACCCUUUUGACCACCCAGAGAUAUUGCUGGAAAAAAGCAUUGAGGAUAUUCAAUCUAUGCUCUCAAUAUGGAAGUCUCUUUCUGCCACAUAAAAAAAAAAAUAUUUGUGCUUUGUAUGCACUUUGACAUACAAAGUCAUAAUUUUAAAUAAAAAGUCAAAUAUUUUAGAUAAAAAGUCAAAAUGAUCAGAUAAAAAAGUCAAAAUUACAACAUAAUAAGUCGUAAUUUCGAGAUCAAAAGACAUCAUUUCGAAAUAUUGAAUUGUGAAUUGGUAUAGAUGGCAAGUAUGGUUCUUUACGCAACGUUCCUUAAGGCCAAGGUGAGUCACCAUUAUUACCCAAGUAAGUCAUAAAAUUUGCAUUAGACACCCAUUUAAAUAUUGAAUUUAUAGCUAACAUUUGAGAAGGGGUCAUUUUUACACAUUUUGCAAUUAGAAGUGGGAAUUGAUCAACAUUGAUCAUUUAUAUCCAAAAUGUGAUUGACGAUAUUACGGUAUAAAUACUUGCAUUUACGAUAUAAAUACUUGCGUAAUAAUGGUGACUCACCUUGGCCUUAAGGAACGUUGCGCGGAGAACCAUGCUUGCCAUCUUUACCAAUUCGCAAUUUAAUGUUUUCUCAUAUCUCUAAAUGAUGACUUAGUAUGUCGUAAUUUGGACUUUUCAUUUUAAAAUCUUAACUUUUAUUUCAAACUUUUAACUUUUUAUCUCAAA